AUGGGGAUCUACUUAACUAAAAAGAUUUCUAUUCCAACCAACACGGAUUUACUUUGUAUAGAAUGGAAUCUCAAAACAAAGUUCAUUGCUGCUGGAGGAACAAAUGGAAUUUUGAAGAUAGUCAAGUUGAACCCAUUAGAUUUGAAUAUACAAAGAGAUAGUAAAGGUGCAUCAAACAACAUGUCAGUCAAUCAAAACUUAGAGGGACACACAGGAGCCAUACUCAACCUCACUUGGAAUGAAAUAUAUCAUAAACUAACAUCAGCUGAUUCGAAUGGUUUGAUAACCGUUUGGUCUCAUAACAAUGACAAUUGGUAUGAAGAAAUGAUCAAUAAUAGGAACAAGAGUGUGGUUGUGGGUAUGUCGUGGAAUACCGAGGGCACUUGUAUCGCUAUUGCUUAUCAAAAUGGUCAAGUUAUUGUUGGAACAAACGAUGGAAAUAAAUCAUGGAGGAAAAGCUUGGAGGCCACUCUAGUUACUGUGGAAUGGACACCUGAUGGAACGUGUUUGCUGUUUGGAAUUCAAGAUGGGGAAGUUCAUCUCUUUGAUAACAAGGGAAACUUCAUUCAAAAACUGUCUAUGCCCGCUCUGGAAAACGUGGAGCUGGAAGCAGCCUUAGCAAAAGAUUUAAGAAAAGAUCAAAUUGUCGCUCUGAAGUGGUGGAGACCAUCUCCUAUCGUAAAUAAAUCCGAUGAAGAUGCGGAUUCGAAGAAACAACGUUUCGCUAAAGCUCCAUCUCUGGAUGCGGCUUCCCCUGGAGAGAAGAAAGUUGACAACCGUCCUCGUUUGAUGAUAGCUUAUGCUCAUGGAGUAAUCCAGUUAAUGAGACACGAUGCUGAUCCAAAGCCUAUUGUUGUUAGGUACGAUAACUUGACAAUAACCUCAGCUAGAUGGUCACCUAAUGGUUCUUUCAUAGCAGUCACAGGAUAUCAUGUAAAUAAACCAAAUUUGGAGAGAUGUUAUCUCUAUAUUCUAUCUGCUUUCGGUGUUAAGCAAGGAAGUCUGAAUAUUCCGGGAACGAACCUAACUGGAUGUGCUUGGGAUUCUAAUUGUCUACGAGUUGCUCUAUCAAUGGAUAGCAACUUGUUCUUUGCGAACAUUCGCCCACAUUACAAGUGGGGAUAUUGCGGCCAGACGGUCAUAUAUGUCUAUGAAAGAGAUGAUCGGAAUGAGUUUCGAAUUAUCUUCUUCGAGACAAAGCUUGAAGAAACAUAUAAGAGAUCCAUAAAGAACUUCGAACAGAUUGCUUGUUAUGGGGAUUAUUGUAUAAUUGUCAAUAGAGCUAAUGAUGCUAUGGGUACUUUUUACGUCCAACUAUGUAAUAGCAUUGGAACUCCAUUGGAUUAUAAAUAUGUGGAAGUAGAGCCUUGUUAUGUUGCCAUGAACGAAACUGCGGCAGUCAUAGCUGGAUCCGAAUCCUACUUCAUAUGGUAUUUCAGCUUACCAAAGAGAACAACUCUAGGAGUAACGCCUUACAGACCUCAAGCUGAAGAUAUAGUUCAUGGGUUGGAUAGCGCGGCCAUUGGUAAUGAGCUUGGAAUGAGGCGGAAGUUUCAACGAGGAAAUGAUCGUAUCACGGCCUUAUGUAUGGGUGACUCCUUUUUCCUUCUUGCUUGCGAAUCUGGGGCGUUGUUCAAAAUAAACUUAUCAAAUGGCUCGGUCAUUCAGAGGUUUUCCAUACCUCAAAAUAUCAUUCAAAUGCAAUUGAACGCUUCCUAUAAGAGAAUAGCAACUUUAGACCAGAAUCAUACACUUCAGUUCUUCGAUCUGGAUGAAACAUCUGUGAACAAAGUUCUGAAUAUGGAUAAAGCUGAUAUUUGGUGCUUUUUGUGGGAUGCGGAAAACGAAGAUACAAUUGCUUAUUCGGAGAAAACAAAAUUAGUUAUAAUGAGAGGAGAGAAAACAGAGGAGCCUGUCUACAGCUCAGGAUAUAUCUGCUUUUUCAAGGAUUUAACCGUGAAAGCCGUUCUCGUUGACUACUUUCUUUUGGAGCCAACGAAACCCAGUAAGAACUAUGUGAUCGAAAUUGAAAUGAAAAUUUUGCGAGAUGCUAAAGGUUUAUUGGAAAGAAUGAAAAUCGAAGAAGCUUCUGAGUUCAUCGAACGAAAUCCUCAUCCAAAACUUUGGCAAUUACUCGCUGAAGUAGCAUUACAUAGACUAGAUAUUUCUACUGCAGAACAUGCUUAUGUGAAACUCAGUGAUUACGGAGGUCUACAGUUCUGUAAAAGAUUGACAAAUGUUCAACACAACGGUCUGAAAAAAGCAGAGAUAGAAGCUCACUUGGGGCAGCUAGAAGCAGCAGAGCGGACCUACAUUGACAAUGAUAGGAGAGAUUUGGCUGUGGAAAUGUAUCGAAAGAACAAUAAUUGGUUGAAAGUAAUGAGCUUGUUGAAUCAAGGAGGUGUUAGUGGUGUUAACGAAGAUGUUCUACGACAUGAAGCUUGGAACCGAAUUGGUGAUCAUUAUGCAGACCGUCAGAAAUGGGAUAUGGCAGCCAAACAUUAUGAACAAGCUCGAAAUCUUGAUAAGCUGUUGUACUGUUAUUUGAAAAUGGAUGAUUACGUUGGCUUAGAUAUUCUAGCAACGAAUCUACCUGAUGGUCAUCAUCUUCUUGAGGAGCUUGGAUUUGUGUUUGGAUCGGCUGGAUUAUGUGACCAAUCCGUGAACUGUUAUAUCAGAAAUGAUAAAAUUCCCAAAGCUCUAGAUGUAUGCAUUCAGUUGAAUCAAUGGGAUAUGGCUGUUCAACUCUCUCGCACACACAAGUUGCGAGACGUUGAUGCUCUACUAGGAAAGUACGCACAAGAACUUACAGGUAGUAACGAACGAACUCUGGCGGCUGUCCAGUUAUACAAGAGAGCAGGAAGGUUUUUGGAUGCGGCUCGUAUAGUUUUUGAGAUUGCUGAUGAUGAGAGAAAAAAAGUUGCAGAAUGUUUACGCUUAAAGAAACUGUACGUGAUGGGAGCGUUGUUGAUAGAGGAGUAUCAUAUACAUCAAAAAAGCAAAUCUGUUGAAAACAAGGGGAAGGAAGUAGCUGACUCAACAGCCUUGUUAUCAGGUUUGUUGGAAGAAGACAGCUCGAUUUCAUUAGAUGAUAGCCGGAUGAUAGACAGAGCCUGGAGGGGAGCUUUAGCUUACCAUUUCUUCAUGUUGGCUCAAAGACAGUUAUACGAUGGUAAUAUUGAUGGAGCAGUGAAGACUUCUAUGCACUUAACUGAAUACGACGAUAUACUGGACCCAGUCGAGGUCUAUUCCCUACUAGCUUUAUCUAGUUGCGCAAACCGACAAUUUUCUGUGGCUAGCAGAGCAUUUAUAAGAUUAGAAAGUUUAGAUUCCAAUGAGAAUAAAGAAGACUUUCAGAAACUUGCUCUGAAGAUUUUUAGCCAAAACCCACCCACUGAUUCGCGAACACAGCAAGAAAGCUGUCCCAAUUGUGAUCAGCUUGUUGCUGAUUAUGCGCAGUAUUGCCCACAUUGUGAUACUAAGUUUCCUAUUUGUGUAGCUACUGGUCGUCCUCUGUUGGAGUAUUCCUUCAUCCUGUGUAAUGUGUGCCACCAAAAAUCUCAUGAGAAGAGUAUGAAUGACAGUGGGUUCUGUGCUCUGUGUCACGCAACAAUUGUAUAA